UACGUUGUCGAUGGCAUUGAACCAAAUGAAUACGAGUCUAAAACAGUUCUUGUAUGUUCGCCUAAAAAAGGCAAUUAUAAAGAAUUCGAUAAAUACAUUGGAACUACCAUAAGAUAUAUACCAAUAUGGUUAUUAGAAGAAAUUCAAGCAUGUAGAUAUGGGGCAUUUAAAUAUUUAAAACUAUCAUCUGUAAAAAGUUUAUACUCAAAGUGGGGAGGUAUUCCUCGGUACAUUCUAGAGAACGUCUUGGAUAAGGCAAAGCAAAAUCAUCUUCAAAACGCGAUAGAUGUUGUUAAUGAAAAGAUCCUUCAUUAUAUUGGAGAAACAGAUUGCUCGGAUGACAUAAGCCAUAAGCUUAUUCACAUAAAUACAAACAUUCCGAAUGGAAAAGGCAAUGAAGAUCCUCCAUAUACAAAGAUGAUCAUAACAUUUGCUUCGGAGCGAGAUUCAAGAGCAAUUCUAUUGUCAACUCAAAAAAAAAAAAAUUUUGCAUCUAUUGAUGCUCUUAUAGCACCUAACAUCUUAUUCCAAAUAACGAUUUCCACCAUUCAUCCAAUCAAGCUAUGUGGGCUAAUUAAAUUGUACAAAAAAUUGGGUGGCGAGUCAUGCCAAGAUGAUAUAAAUUUCUAUUUUGUUGUACCUACCGAUUUGUAUGGUGAUUUAAAAAGGCAAAAUUUUUGUAAUGCGGGCAGGAAGAUUGCUACAAGCGUUCCACCUUGGAUUACAAGGCGUAUUAAACAAUACGCGCUUGAGAUUGACUUGAGCUCCUUGUGA